AUGCAAAAACAACUCACCAUCACAUUUUUGAUUACAAUUCUUCUUUCAUUAGUCCUUCUUCUUUCGUCUAACAUUUCUGCCGAAAGUACAACAUGCAAUUUUGAUGAGAAGAUUUUUAUGUUAUCACCAGGAGAAAGUUACUUUCCACUCGAAUGCACCAUUUCACCAUUCAAUGAAAUUCGUACCGAUAUCGAACUUGUCGGAAGAGGCAUCACGUUAUACUUGUUGACAGCUGACCAAAAACAAGAUUACCUCCAAAAAACAAAAGAUGACAUUUACUAUCUACCUACCUUCUCCAAUUCCCUUCAAAGUUUUGUCCUCCAAGAUGAGUCAACCACUUCAAUUUCACUCUCCUCAACCAAGAGAAUGGAUGGCAUUGAUAAGGUUUUCAUUCUCAUGAAGGAACACAAGACCUACACUGUGGAAUCUUCAGUUAGAGUUAAAAUAUUGAUUACUCCACAACAAGCUACUGAUUCGAGUAAUGCUGGAGCAAUUGUUGGAGGAAUUUUGGGAACUUUUACAAUUUUGGGAUUGUGUGUAAUUGGUGGAGUGAUUGGAGGAGCUAUUUUGUGGAAGAAGAAGAUUUUGCAACGUUGGUUGAAACGUGGUGGAGAGGAAUAUCAAACUGUUUUAUAA